AAAAUGAAGAACUUCAUCAUUCUUCCCCGUAUUUUCUCUUUGUUUGUGAUAAUGAUGAUGAGUCUUCCUUUUCUGAAACUCACUGUCGGCCAAGUCAAUUACUUCAAUACAAUCUGCGAUCCCUACGGAAACUACAGUAAAAACAGUGUGUACGAGACCAACUUGAAUCUCGCACUUGCUAACCUCUCCUCGCAUGCUACUGCUGCGGUCAUCAAUGAUUUCUACAACUUCACUGUUGGCACUGACUCCGACCAAGUCUAUGCGCUCUACCUCUGUCGGGGCGACGUCAAUCCCAAACUUUGUCAAUCAUGUGUGGAGACUGCCUCAAAUAUGUUAACCACAGAGAAAUGUCCAAACAACAAAGUAGCCGUGAUUUGGUACGACGAGUGCAUGCUUCGAUAUUCAAAUGUUACCAUCAUCUCCAUCGCAACAGAUACUGGCUGGCACUGGAGAUACUGGUAUAGCACAUUCAAUGUUUCAAAUCCUAAUCAAUUAAGUCAGGUUCUUUCUGUUACAAUGAAUGAGCUGAUCGAGAAAGCAGUGAGCACGACAACAACACCACCGUAUUUUCAGACGGGAGAGGCAAAGUUGACUAAUUUUGAAACGUUGUAUUGCCUGGUCCAGUGCAGUCCAGAUAUCAAAGAGUUUGAAUGCAAAAGGUGCUUGCAAAUUGCAUUGACAAAUUAUCCAAAAUGGGGACCCGUAGGGAGUACAAAUGCAAAGUUGUAUGGGGAAAGUUGUCAAAUGAGCUAUGACAUUAAACCUUUCUACACUACUGCUCCGGCCUCCCCUCCUCCUCUUCCACCGUCGAUUCCACCAGCCACAAAUAAUAUUUCUACUCGAAAAGGAGGAAAUGGGACAAGGAGAAGAACCAUAACUAUCAUCAGUAUAGUUCUUUCAUUGGUUAUAUUGAUGGCAGCAUUAGUAGGUUUUCUCUAUAUUCUAAAGAGAAAGAGAUCAAUAGUACAAGGAAGAGGAAUACUUCAAGAUGGAGAAGAGCGAAAUGUUGAAUCCCAAGAUCAAUUCCUUUUAGUACCAUUGGAUCUCAUAAUUAAAGCGACACAAGGUUUCUCGAAAGUAAACAAGCUUGGAGAAGGCGGAUUUGGUCCAGUAUACAAGGGUACAUUAGUCGAUGGAAAAGAAAUUGCAGUUAAGCGACUCUCAAGAAGUUCAGGUCAAGGCCUAAAAGAGUUAAAGAACGAAGUCUCGUUGAUCGCAAAACUGCAACACCGUAAUCUUGUUAAACUCGUGGGUUGUUGCUUGGAAGGAAAUGAAUCCCUUCUCAUUUAUGAGUACAUGCCAAACAAAAGCUUAGACUUUUUAAUCUUUGACUCAACUCGAGCUCCACAACUAGAUUGGAGUAGACGUCUUAACAUCAUUGAUGGGAUAGCUCGCGGACUUCUUUACCUGCACGAGGAUUCUCGACUCCGAAUCAUACAUAGAGAUCUCAAAGCUGGCAAUAUUUUGCUUGAUCAUGAAAUGAAUGCAAAAAUAUCUGAUUUUGGAUUGGCAAGAAUUGUUGACGUUAAACAAAGUGGAGUAAACACAAGACGAGUAGUUGGAACAUAUGGGUACAUGCCACCAGAAUAUGCUUUUAAAGGAUUAUUUUCAGUCAAAUCAGAUGUUUUCAGUUUUGGAGUUCUUCUUCUAGAGAUAAUAAGUGGGAAAAGGAACUGCAAUUUUGAUAGUUCUGAAUCUGGAAAAAGUCUUCUAAUGUUUGCAUGGGAAGAGUGGAGAAAUAAUAAUGGUUUGAAGUUAAUGGACCAAUCUUUAGUGGAAAUGUGUGUGACAUCGGAAGUGUUGAAAUGCAUACAUAUCGGAUUGCUUUGUGUGCAAGAAAAUCCGUCAGACCGACCCACAAUGUCAAGUGUGGUCGUUAUGCUGCGAAGUGAUACAAUGAAACUCCCCAAACCAGGACAACCAGCAUUCUCAAUCAAACAACCUUCAUCGAUCUCAACGGGUUCAUCAUCACAAGAAGUUAAAGCCUUUUCCAAUAAUAUGGUAACAAUUUCAAAUAUAUCUUGUCGUUGA